CCGUCCGUCCGUCCUCUUCAUCUGCAAACCCCGCUCUCUCCACCGUCUCUAUCUCUAACUCUCUCUCUCCUGCACCAAAACCAUUCAUCUCAAUCUCUGAAAUUUUCAACUCCUAUCAAAUCUAUUUGUUGUGAUUCAACCAAAACAAACGAUUGGCGGUAAUUACAAGAAGAAGAUGCGAGGAGAAUGUGGAAGAAGAUCGGAGAUAGAGAAUCGGGAAAACUUCGCCCUAAUUCCUUCAUCACUCGUAUUCGAUCGAACAGAGCAUCGUCUCUUCAUCUCUCCAAUCACAAAGAGCUUGUCUCUUCUCACCGUGGCUCCGUUAAUUCCUUACAGGUUGAUUUGACAGAAGGGAGAUACCUGUUAUCUGGAGCAGCCGAUGCAUCACUUGCUAUAUAUGAUAUUCAACGUGCGACAGACUAUGAGGCAGGUGGUCUGAUUGCUAAGCAUAAGCCUAUACUAGUUGACAAGCAGCACCAAAAUGCGCAUAAAUAUGCCAUAUCCACAGCCAUAUGGUAUCCAAUCGAUACAGGUCUUUUUGUCACAGGUUCAUAUGAUCACCACAUCAAGGUUUGGGAUACCAAUACCACACAGGUGGUGAUGGAUUUUAAAAUGCCAGGAAAGGUUUAUAGAACUGCCAUGUCAUCGUUAGCCACAUCCCACAUGCUUAUUGCUGCUGCAACUGAAGAUGUUCAGGUUCGGCUUUGUGAUAUGGCUUCAGGGGCAUUUGCUCACACAUUAUCUGGUCAUCGUGAUGGCGUAAUGGCAGUGGAGUGGUCAACUUCUAGCGAGUGGAUUUUAAUGACGGGUGGCUGUGAUGGAGCGAUACGUUUUUGGGACAUUAGACGUGCAGGAUGUUUUUCUGUUUUAGAUCAAUCACACUCUCAGCUUGGAAGACGUCCACCUCUAGCUGACAAAUCCACUACUAAGGUUUCAACGUCUAAGGCUCGGGCACCACCAAGAAAAGUAGGUUCUGGAAGUAGCUCAAAGCACUCUGGUAACAGCAAGAUUAUUAAACAGACAAAGGGAUCUGCUAAGCAGAGACUCCAUCCUGGAUUGUUGACUAGUCAAGAUCGAGCUACUGCUCAUUAUGGUGCUGUUUUGGGUCUGAAAGCGACCGAGGAUGGCAUGUAUCUUCUAAGUGCAGGGUCUGAUUCAAGGUUAAGGUUGUGGGACAUACAAUCUGGUUGCAAUACGCUUGUGCACUAUGAGAUUGUGCGUCUGCAAAGUAGCAAGGCAAUACAGUUGGACGUGUCUCAGGAUUCAGGCGUUGUCUUUCUUCCAUGCAUGACUUCUAUAAAAGCAUUUGAUAUGUGGUCGGGUAAGAGUAAGAUGACACUUCAAGGACACUAUGAGAAUGUAAACUGUUGUUGCUAUAGCUCCCAUGAUCAGGAACUAUACACAGGUGGUAAUGAUCGACAAAUCCUUAUCUGGUCUCCUCUCAAGCAGAUUCCUGCUGAUGUGCAGGAUGAAUGCGAUAGAAGUACAGGGCAACCUCUUGCAGCUGAUGAGGAUAACUGGAGUGACUGAUGUCCUUACAGCUAGUACAUUUCCACCUUUAUGGUUUGAUUAAGCUGUUGUAUACAACUAUAUAGUGCUUUAUGUUAACUUAAGGGUGUCUGAUGUUGAUAUAUUCCGAGUGUUUUGACUUUUUAAUAGCAUUUUAGUUUCAAAUUUAUUUUUUAAAGAAUAUUACCAAA